AUGACCCUCCUACAGAAGGAUCUGGUUGGUGCCACUGCUCCUAUUCAAGUGUGUGCUGGUCUUCAGGGAGGAGUGGAAGCAGCUGUUCAUGCUGCGAGGGACUGCUUUGAAGAUCCUGAAACUGAAGCCAUCAUCUUAGUGGAUGCAGAGAAUGCAUUCAACUUGCUGAACCGAGAGGCAGCUCUUAACAACAUGUAUAUUGUAUGUCCAGAAGUUGCUACCUACAUUAUGAACACCUACAGAAUGCCUGCUAGACUGUUUAUUGCAGGAGAAGAUGAACAUCUUUUUAGUGAAGAAGGGACAACACAAGGUGAUCCACCUGCUAUGGGAUUUUAUGCAUGUGGUACAAUACCAUUGAUUGAUGCAGGGAACAUUGAGAGAAAAGUGACUCAGAUCUGGUAUGCUGAUGACUCUGCUGCUGGGGGAAAACUGGAAGAAAUGAGGAAAUGGUGGAUAACCUCUGCAUUAAAGGACCACUUUUUGUCAUCAGAUGACAGUAGUGUUAAUGAUAUUGUGAAGAGUAUGGAGGCGGACCUUGACCAGAGAUUGACCAUUCAGAAAACUACAAGAGGCGACACAAAGAAGAACUUGUCAAAGGAAGAGACUGAGGGCCUAAAAUGGCUUGAGUGCAUGAACAAUGAGGGAAAACUAUCCGUUGUUCAAGCUGAUAAAGGAGGUGCAGUGAUCAUUAUCAACCCAGAGACACUAAGGAAGAAGACACUUGAGAAGCUCCAAAACCCGAAUAUCUAUACUGAACUGAAGGAAGAUCUCACCCAAACAUUACACCAUGAGUUAUUCCUCAAAUGGGUUGAAGGUAAAGAGAAAGGUUUUAUCCAUCCGAUGACUGCAAAAAGUGUCAUGGGUGUUUCUGAUAAUGAUAGCACAAAAGAGGGGAAAGAUAAGACCAAUGCAAAGAGCACUUCUUCAUAUUUCAAGCCAGGAAAAGCCUACUUUUACCCGAGUUUGAAGAUCCACAAAUUGAAGAGAAAAGACCUUGUGCCAGGCAUAGAGCCCCCUGUGAGACUAGUCACUGCACUACAGGAAGGAAUAGCAAAAAGGAGUGAUGUCUUCUUGGCCAGUGAGUACUUCAAAAAUCUUGAAAAGGACUAUUGCGAAGACUUACUGACUGACUCAACGGAGGCACUGAGAUGGCUUGAAGUAUGCAAUGAAGUUGAAACAGACAAACGAGCCCUCCGAGCUUUCACUUUCGACUUCAAAGCUCUCUACGACUCAUUAAACCCUGAACUUGUCAAGGAAGCCGUUCAUCAUGCAAUGAAUACCACCAGACCAGACUGGACACCAGCACUCUGUGAUUGGCUGGUCGACCUCGUUGAUAUCAGUCUAAGAUCCUCUAUUGGAUGCUUCGAAGACAAGUGGUACGUCCAAAAGAACGGAGUGCCUACAGGUGGAAGUCUGUGUGUGCAGUUGGCCAACAUAACUGUAUUUUAUGUAAUGAACAAAUGCGUUUACAGUAACACUGACAUGAUGAAGAGAGUCAGGACUGUAAGACGGUACAUUGACGAUGGUGCAGGUUUCUUCUACAGCACUGAAAGGAAAUUUGACCAGUGGAUUUCCGAUGUAAACAAAUCCUUGAAAGAAUAUGGGCUACUCAUUGACGAAUCCCAAUGGAAGGAAGUUGGCACGCCUGUGGCUUUUCUAGAUAUCGAGUUUUGUUUCGACCCUGAGGGAAACUUACAAACUGACCUCCAUAUCAAGGAAACAGAUUCAAGGAGCUAUCUACAUUUUAGCAGUGCACAUCCAAACCACAUCUAUAGUGGAAUAGUUUACAGCCAGUGUAUCAGACUCAGGAGAAUAAUCAACUCACAAGAACGACUGGAAACCAGAUUGAGUGAAUUAAGCCAAGCAUUCAAGGCAGCUGCUUAUCCCUCAAAAAUGGUGAACAACAUUAGCAAAAAAGUUCUCAACUCAGAAAGAAACCUUGAACGAAGACCUCCCAAGGACAACACACUGAAGCCAGAGAUCCUACCAAUAAGGGUUGUCUCAACCUACGGAAGUGACUCUGACAUUGUCACCACAGUGAAAAAGUAUGAGGAGAACUUAAAGAAGACCAGAAGUUUUUGUAACCUGAGUGACUCAAAACAACAGAGUAACACCCUUGAAGAAAAGAAGAAUGGCAAAAAGUUCUUCCAAUUUGUCAAGAAAACAGGAAGCAACCUCAAAAGCCGGUUGGUUAAGGUGAAAGAAAUAGCUCUGGGGAAUAAGCAUGGUCAAACAAGGCCGUGUAGAAAGAAGAACUGUGCAACGUGUGAGUCUAUUGAUAGUGCUACACAAAUCAGCAUCAAUGGGAAACGGGUAAAACCAGCACCAGGUACAUGCAUCACUUACAACAUCAUAUAUUUGAUCAGAUGUAAACUGUGUGAGAAACCAUACGUAGGCAAAUCCACCAGAAUGCUACGGGUAAGGUUUGGCGAACACAGAAGAGCAUUCUACAAGAUCAUCAGUGGGCAAAAGGUUGACACGGAUGAUGACUCAAACUGCGUAGGACUCCACCUCCAUAUAGAGCAUGGACUGACUCAGAAGGAAAAUUUUAACAAUAGUGUUUCAGUGUGUAUCCUAGAAAAUUCAAGUCCUAGUAGUUUAGAUGUUAAGGAGCACCGAUAUAUACAUGCCUUAAAUUCCCUCCGCCCCUCAGGAAUGAAUAGUACAAACCCUUUUAAGAUUCCUUUAUUGCAAACUACCCCAGGAGUUGCAGAUAGGCUCACUCCUCUGGAACAAGUAACACGCGAUGAGUUUAUCCCAGCUAUCAUCAACAGGCUGUUUAGCUGCACUGAUGAACUAAGGAACAUAAUGGCUCUACCACCAAGAUAUGGAGGAUUGGGUAUACCAGUUAUGAUGGACAUGGCAGACCGAGAGUACAAAUUCUCAUGUAGAGCCACAAAACCCCUUAAAGAAGCUAUUCUCAAGCAGGUAGACAACUACACAGAGGACUGGAGAGUAAGCAAAGGAGUGAAAACUGAGAUAACAACUGAAAGAAAUCUCUUCUAUCGACAAAAACAAGCGGAAAUACGCCAGGAGCUCGAGUCAACACCACUGGCAAAGUUGAUGUUCCAACUAGCUGCUGAGAAAGGGGCAAGUGCUUGGUUAACAGCACUACCUUUAAAAGAGUACGGAUAUCUGAUGAACAAACAACAGUUCUCAGACGCAUUAGCUCUCAGGUACAACCUGAACUUAAAGGACAGCCCUAAGACAUGUACGUGUGGCCAAAAGUUCUCAGCAAACCAUGCGCUUAUCUGCAAACUCGGUGGAUAUGUGUCACUGCGGAACAACUCGCUGAGAGACACCUUUGCUGAACUAAUGAGAACUGUGAAAUGCAAGGAUGUGCAGACUGAGCCAGUUCUUCUUCCAGUUGAUGGUCUGAAGUUGCCUAAGGGAACAGUACUUGGAGACCAAGCUAGGCUGGACAUUUCUGCAAGAUCGAUUUGGAAUGCUUCAGAGAGGGCAUAUUUUGAUGUAAGGGUAUUUCAUGCCCCAGCCCCCUCCAAUGCAAGCAAAUCGAUCCCAGCAAUGUACCAGUCCCAUGAAAAUGAGAAAAAGCGAUGUUACAACGCAAGGGUUCUUGAAGUGGAGAAAGGAAGCUUCACACCUUUAGUGUUCUCGACUUCUGGUGGAAUGGGUAGUGAAGCUGAAAGACUGGUAAAAAAGCUGGCCAGUAAGAUGGAGUACCACACUGGCCAGAGUGGUGUCAUAGAGCCAUUGCAGUAUGACUUCUAUGUAUUCUCCUUCAAUUCUCCGCUGACCUUCGAGCUCUCCACUCACGCUGGAGAUGCUGACUUGUAUGUUACUCAAGGUUCUUCUAAUCCUACAUACUAUGAUUACGACAUGAUAAGUGCAACAACCGGUCUCGAAGUUAUCCAAAUACCAGAGACUUUCUCUUCUCCUGUUAGGAUAAAUAACAAUAACAUGUUAAUCUACCCUAUUCCCCACAUUACUAACAAACCACACUAUCCAGUGAAAUGUCCAGUCAGUGAUAUGAAAGCAACUAGAAAACGGUCCAGACAUGCCCAGCCAUCCAGCGAAGAGCCUCUAACCCCAGAGACACCAACCAAAAGAAAAUCAAAGCUGCCCGAAGACAUCCUGAAAAUGCCCUGCACCAGAGAUGUGAGUAUAGUUGGGAAGAGAAAGAGGUUCUCGUCACAGUCCGACAUGAUCUCAAACGAGGUGAUGAAGUGGGUGGAGGGGUUCAAACACUUUACAGAUUCAGAUAAACUGGGAGCCCUGGACUUGCUUAGUGAUAUGUGUGAUACCGGCCAGGCUAGGUAUAUUCUCAAAAAAAUCGAACCAAGAUUUCAGAGGGAUUUUAUAACGUUACUGCCUAAAGAGCUGGCAAUGUCGAUCCUCCGGUAUUUGGAACCAAAAGAUCUGUUGAAUGCUAUGAGAACGUGCAAAUCCUGGAAGGUCCUGUGCGAUGACUCUUUGCUUUGGAAAGAUAAAUGUAGGUUGUUACCCGAAAUUCCUAAUCACUAUUACGAUGACGAUAGUGAUAAUUUGGAUUGGAAGAAGAUAUUCUUGACGAGACAAGAGCUUGAUGACAACUGGAAGACGGGUCGUAAUUUUGUAAAGAAGGAGCUGAAAGGACACGACGAUCACGUGAUAACAUGUCUGCAGUUCCACGGAGAUCGCAUUAUCAGUGGAUCGGAUGACAGUACUCUGAAAGUGUGGUCCGUUAGUUCGGGUGAGUGUCUCCUCACUCUGACUGGACACACUGGCGGAGUCUGGUGUUCUCAGUUUGAGGGUGAUAUUAUCUGUAGCGGGUCCACUGAUCGUACCAUCAAAGUCUGGGAUGUUCACACCGGACAAAGUCUCCACACCCUUUUUGGACACUCCUCCACCGUGAGAUGUCUCUCCAUGUACAACCAGAUAUGUGUCUCCGGCUCACGAGACGCUACUCUCAGAGUAUGGGAUGUACAAACAGGUGAGUGUAAACAUCUCCUGAUAGGACACAUGGCCGCGGUACGGUGCGUGCAGUACGACGGAGUACGUGUUGUGAGCGGCGCGUACGACUGUCUGGUCAAGGUGUGGGACCCAGUCUCGGAGACUUGUCUCCACUCUCUAACAGGUCAUAAUAACAGAGUGUACUCUCUACAGUUUGAUGGGAGACACAUUGUUAGUGGUAGUCUGGAUACCACUAUCAGGGUAUGGGACGCAGUCACAGGGACGUGUCUCCAUGUACUCAGUGGACACAGAUCCCUGACAAGCGGGAUGGAACUCCGGGAUAACAUCCUGGUGUCAGGUAACGCUGACUCACUUGUUAAGAUCUGGGAUAUCACGACUGGAGCUUGUUUACAGACACUGGACGGACCUUCUAAACACCAGAGUGCUGUCACGUGCCUGCUCUUCAACAGUAAAUAUGUCAUGACGUCCAGUGAUGACGGGACUGUGAAACUGUGGGAUAUCAAGACAGGAGAGUUUAUCAGGGACAUUGUAAAGUUAGACUCUGGAGGGAGUGGAGGGGUGGUCUGGAGGAUCCAACUGGAUAAAACCAGGUUGGUUUGUGCUGUGGGCAGUCGGAACGGCACUGAGGAAACUAAACUGAUUGUAUUUGAUUUUAGUGUUGGGAACGAGAAGACAAAACAGGUCGCUUCCUGUUCCGCUAAUUCUAACGAAAUUAUGUACUGAUAUUUGCAGAACAUUUGAUUGAUAUCCGCUUAUAGACGUGCUGUUUUAGAAAAGGGAAGAGUACUUUUUGUAGAGCUACAAUCUGUACAAAUAAAUGGAGCUGAACUGCCUCUCGUUUUCUGUGUGUGUACGUGUCAACUUUUUUAUCAAGGGUCAAGGGAUCUGUUUAUAUAACCAAUUUAUUUAAGUUGGGGGUUAUUUGGGCCGUCUUUUACAAUUAAUUAAUAUGGUAACUGAAUUAUCAUAAUGUUAUUAAUUAUGAUUUAAAUAAGGGGUACACCGAAAUACGUCAUCACACCACACUGGAUUAUUUUCAAUGGUUACGUGAAUUUGUUCAGAUGUUAAUAACAUCGUGUUUAGCUAAUUUUACUCAGAGACCUUUUGAAUUGCCCAUGAUGAUUUUCUUAUAUGUAUGUUAGCACACAAAUUUAUAUAGGCUAGGUUUAUAAUCGGUCGAUUUAACUGAUCGAAAUUUUAAUAACGAAUUUCUUAAUAUAUCGAUGUGACGUAUUAGGUUAUCACAUCUUGUGACGUGUAAAUAUAACAGUGUUUUAGUGUUCAAGGAUCACACGUGAUAUUUUAUACUGUUUUGACUAUUACAGAAUCCCAUUAUAAACGUGCGAUGUAUACAUAUUAUAACUAUGUUUGAUAUUUUCAGACGUAUUUUUCUCGAAUUUAUUUUCUGUUUCAUACACCAAACAACAACUUCUUUUUUGUGGUUUAUUGCAGGUUUGUAAGACAUACUUUUCUGGGCUGAACCUUAAAAUAUUGUAACAACUUUGAUUUUAAUAUGGUGAAGAGAAUAGUUAAAAUUCCUUGAAUUGCUCACAUAUUUAAAGUAACAUUAUUAUUGUCGUUUCCGGUUA